UGGCUGCGGGGUGGAGGUGCCGGAGGAGGAAAGUUUCCAGGCACUGCGAGCGACGGGACGCCACCGGCAACCGGGAGAGCGGGAGCCGCAGCCGGGGCGGCGGCGGGGCCGGGGGGUCUCCGUCGAGGGCGGAGGGAGGAGGACUCGCCUCAGGGGCUCCCCCCGCCGCGGCUGUGAAACUUCCUGCGCGGUGAGGCGGCGGGAGCGGAGCGGGGCUGUGAGGUGAGGGGGGCUGCCGCCGUCCGUCGCGCCCGCCCGAGCGGGCAAGCGCACCUGUGUGGCCGCCGGCGCCGCUCCUCCGGGCCGGGGCCGCCUCCCCCGCCGGCCGCGCUGCCUGGCGCCGGGGAGCGGAGGUGGGGGGGGGAGCGGGGGGAGCCUGGGGCCUCCCGGCCGCCUGCCCCCGGCGGGAGGGCCUGCGGGCAGCCCGCCCCUCAGCCCCCGGCCGCCCGGCGGGGCGUGACAGGCUCGGCUUCGGCGGGGGAGCGAAGUGUCACCGGAUCCCGGGCGACAGCGAGGGGAAGGGGACAGCGGGUUCCCUGAGGGCGGUGGGGGUAGCGCCGGGGCCGGAGGUCGCCUCUCGGCGGUGUCCCCGCUUUAACUCCCGGAGAAGUCAGGGAUGAGGCCGGCUCCCAAAAAUCCAUCCCUCGUGUUGCCAUCAGACCGCUCAGCCCGGAGAAAUCCAGAGAACAAGAAGUAUUUGGCCACACAGUUUUGGCCAGAACAUCAGAGGCAUCAGAACAGGUGAAUAAAAAAGAUGCUAAUGUUUGACCCAGUCCCCAUCAAGCAAGAAGCCAUGGAGCCUGUUUCAGUGUCAUACCCGUCCAAUUACAUGGACCAAAUGAAGCCAAACAAAUACAGCGUCAUUUAUUCUACACCGAGUAUGUUGCACAACAAAUUCUACUCAAACCCCGAAGGACUCUCAAAUGGAAUCCAGAUGGAGCCAGUAGACCUUACGGUGAACAAACGAAGCUCACCACCUUCGACUGGGAGUUCUCCUUCCCCCCUAAAAUUCCAGACUGUGCACAGGAGAACUUCCCCUGGAUUGACUCUGUCCUCACCCAGCUCACCUCUCAGUAAAUUCACCCCGUCACCCCCAGGAGUACAGCCUAUUUCCAUGCCAAUAACGAUCCCACCUGUAAUGGCUGCUGCUCUUUCGCGCCACGGACUGAGAAGCCCUGGAAUCCUCCCGGUUAUACAGCCUGUUGUGGUCCAGCCAGUUCCUUUUAUGUACGCUCCCCAUCUUCAGCAGCCCAUCAUGGUGUCCACAGUUCUUGCUGAUGAGAUGGAAACUCCAAGCAGCAUGCAAGUGCCUGUCAUUGAGUCUUACGAGAAGCCUACGCUGAAGAAAACAAUCAAAGUAGAGCCAGGAACUGAACCAUCGAAGACUGACUUCUAUCCUGAACAAAUGUCACCUCCGAUGAUGACCUCAUUGUCUCCCCAGCAAGUAAUGUUGCAAGAGAAUCACCCUUCAGUUAUAGUUCAGCCAGGAAAGAGACCUUUACCUGUGGAAUCUCCGGACACACAAAGAAAACGCCGGAUACAUCGAUGUGAUUAUGAAGGCUGCAACAAAGUCUACACUAAGAGCUCCCACCUGAAAGCUCACAGAAGAACCCACACAGGUGAAAAACCAUACAAAUGCACUUGGGAGGGAUGCACGUGGAAGUUUGCUCGUUCCGAUGAACUAACGCGGCAUUUCCGCAAGCAUACAGGAAUCAAACCUUUUCAGUGCCCAGACUGUGACCGUAGCUUUUCACGUUCGGACCAUCUUGCUCUUCACAGAAAACGCCACAUGCUAGUCUGAAUGUCUUCUGUCCCUGACUCCUGUCACACAUUUUUAUUUUUUUUUUCACACAUACAUUUUAAUUUGGAUUCAGCUGGUCUGAAUCUCUGAGUUUAUACCAUUAAAAGCUUACGUAUGGUCAGUAACAGAUGUUAUCUAACCCUUCUAUGUCCUUGCCACGGGUCAGACCUAAAGAAUGUGAACACUUUUUUUUUUUUUUUCUCCGGGGGAUGCUAAGCAAACCCUUUCUGCAGACAGUAUGUUUAAUGUAUUCCAUUGUGAAUAAGGGAAUUUGUAAACUAACAGCUUUUGUUGGUUUCUUCAUAUAAUCAACCCAGCAUAUACUGAUAAAGUAGUAAAUGUUAUUGAAUAUCCAAAAUGCUAGUCCUUGCCAGAGACGUUUUAUUUAUGUGCCCUGUAAGGGAUACACUCUCAUUCUGUGCUCAACAAUGCAAUCAAUGGACUCUCCCCGCCAUCUUGGUUUCUGCAAUACGGUUAAUACAGCCAUUUCAGAAAGGCACCUGAUUCAGAAAUCCCCUCUGCCCAAACAUUGAAUAACACCGUAGAAAUAAAUCUAAGCAAUAUAAUUACUGUAAAGAAAGAGUGAGUCACAGUGUCAUUUCCGCCAGUGAAGAAAAAUUGGCAGGAAUUGGUCUACACUUAAUCUAAGCCGAUGUCAUCUGUCCUCUGUAUUAUAGUGUAGUAUAUACCCCUGGGUUCAUUGCGUAGUGCCCUGGUGCGUUUGUUAAAUGAAGCCCUUGUGUGACACUGUAUGUCUGGUUUCUGUGCAAGUGUAUGGAUGGAACACACACGGUACUCUCCUAUGACAUGGCAUUAAAUGAUAUUCCUAGAAACCUACCGCACCUCAUUUCAGGGAUAUAAACUAUCCCUCUGCAAUCACUCCCCUGCAUUUCCUCUAAAUAGUUUUUUCUCUUUGCUGUACCUCAGAAAAUAGCAAUUGUUAGGUUAAAAAUGCUCCAAACUGUAUAGUUGUGAGUGAGUGCCACUUCAAUACGCUGCAAUAUUUAAAAUUAUUAAUCCACGAUGUUUCUAUGAGAAGACGGCAUCAGGUAUGAAGAACUUCUGAGGACAAAUUGAGUCAUGUCUCUGUUUUGGAUAGAAAGGUAUACCGCAUCAUCCAUUUGAUAACUCUUGAUUUGUGACUCUGCUAGUCUCUCAACGUUAGAUAGACUGAGCUUUCCUGCGGAUGAGUCUGUUGUAUUAAAAAAAAAAAUCGCAUCAGAAGGUCUUAACUCCCAUGUCAAGUUAGCAAACACAACUCCAUCGAUAAAAUAAACUGAAUUCAAGCAACCCGCAGCUGACCCCAGAAACGUUCCCAUCUGUGGAAGCCCGCCGAAAGGAAAGUUUCUCUCUUCAUUAGCUGGCAGGUUUUGUGGCACUGCAAGGAACCGGGAUGUAUUUUUCUAGGCUCUCGGCGCACCAGUGCGUUUUUCUUUUUUCCCCUGUGUAAGGUAAACACCGUUCCCUGCAAUUUAAACAUCCUGAAGUCAGAUUUUCGUUUCUCUCGGAAAAACCCACUGGGACAUGGAGGGCUGAGGUGAGGAGGAGUUUCCUAAAACUCUCCAGGAGUCGGCAGGUGGAGUGUCCAUCUGCAGGUGGGUACGUGUGAGCUGCCGGAGCAGGUAGGCUGUGCUUCUACAUCGUGUGGAGUGCAACGGCGAACUCAAAUGCUCUUGUAGACGCAGGAGUUGGAGUGCAAAGAGCCUUCCCUCGGUGGCAGAGUUUACCAGCCGUUCUGCUGACAUCCCCAUACCCAUAGAGCUAGAGCAGAGGAUCUCUGCUUGGAGAAAAAUGUUCCUACAGCGAUUGCAGUGAAAGACGAAGUCUCGUUCCAGUUGUGUAACAAAUCUUACAUGUCAGAAUAUGGAAUCGGCAAUUUUAUUUAAGGAAUAGAGCCCUGAAUAUGCGCUCUGCAAAGGGGGUUUGCAAAGCGGGGCUGGGGGCGCUGCUGCAAAGCUGUGGUGAGGAAGAUGCGUGUGCUCUGUUACGGCACCAUAUGUCCUCGCCACUUCGUGAGGACCGAGGGAAGUUGCACCAGAUGUUUCACGCAACUGGCCCUCGUCUGCUUACCUAUGGAGCUGAAAAACCCGGGAGGUGAAUCGCUCUUCUUUUGGGAGGCCGGGUUGUUACUAACGUGGAGGAACUUGCAGGGAGGAGAAUGGUACUCGUGAGCAGCUAUUCCAGAAUGGGGAGUUUUGUUGGAUAUUUUUGUUGUCGGCGGUAGCAGAAUUGGGCGCCUUCAUUCGGCUCUGGGUUUUAACGGCGGUUCCAGAAACGCGGAGGUGCCACUGGCAGCGGCUGCGUGGAGCCCCUGUCGCCUCAGUUGCAAAUCUAGAGACAUUUAGUAUCCUGGGAUGAAAGCAAUUCUCUAUUAUAUUCUAGGGAAAAAAGCAGAUGGGAUCCUAUACUAAUAAGCAGCUUAAUGGCCACUGAUCCCAUUUUAGCUUAACAAAUGCAAAUGCAUAAAAUUUGGGAUGUUUUAAGGAACAUUUGCUUCCAAUGCUCUGUUCUCUUUCAAGGCUUUCACAAAAUGUUUUCUGGAAUAUUUUUUUAAACUAGAAAUCUAAAAUCAAGUACCCUAAAAUCAGAACUUCUUUGUAACUAUGAGUUACUUUGGAAAUUUUCAUCUAGGUUAUUUACCAUGUUCAUUCAUUAGCCUAUGUACCUUUUUCCUGAAAAUGUUUAUGCUAAUGGGGGGGACAAAUACAGUGGAGAUUCAAUAGAACUUUAAAAUACCUUUACCCAUGUGCCUUGUGAUUUAGAACAACAGAAAUUUAAACAUUAAAUAUAAAUAUUUGAGAUUAUUUCAUGCAAAUGCCUUGCUUAUGGGAUUUUUCACUCCUGUCUGCGGUAUCUUUUUGCAGGAUGUCAAAAAAGUCACAAAUACGCUUUCAUCUUUCAGCUGAAAAUGUGAAUUUACAUCUUAACUGGCUCAUUGAUUAAUUUUAGCAAAUUUUUAUUUGAUGGCUAUCUUGCAGUCUUUAAAUACACGCAACUAAAUACUUUUUUAAAGCCAGUCCUUCCAUCUUUGCCCUAAAGAGAAGCCAGUUUAGAUACAAAGCCAGAAAACCCUAAUCCUGCAGAACGUGUGUGUUUAAAAACCCCACCUCUUUCCCCAGCAGUAUUGCAGUCUGCAGUGUGUAGCAGCUAAUACUGUUGGACUAAGAUGUGCCUGUUUGAGCCAUUUGAGUAUAAAAAAAGACUAGUUUCUACGACAAUCGCAAAAAACCAGCAGGAAUUACUGUAUGUGAUUUUAUUUAAAUAAACAGCACCAUUCUGCAGUGAUGUUUCUAAUGCCACAUCUUGUCCAAACAAGCUGUUGUCUCUGUCAAGGUUAGCAACAUGUAGAUGAAUACAAAUCCUUUCUAUAAAAAAAUUUACAAAGCGUUUUACAUAUCUUGAGGGCUACAACAGUUUUCAUUAUAUUUUACAGAUAUUAGCACUUUUUUUAAUGUACUUCAAAUAUUAGAGGGUCAAAAUAAUCUUUCUGCUUAGCAUCUCUCACCUGCAAAUAUAGCAGGGAUGUUCUAUUUACUUUAAUACUUGUAUAAACUAUGCAGAAAUUUUUUAAUAAAAUGUAAUAUAUUUUAUAAGCUAAUAAGACUGAAUGGGUAAUUAAAGGUUUCUAGCGUGCAUUACUAUAACUUGCAAAUACGGAGACAUUUUGGUAAUCUUUUCUUACUAAAGAUGUGAAUGUUUAAUGUACUUUCACUGUUCCUACUUUGGUAGUCCAAUGGGAAUUCAGUAAUGACAUUUUGUCAUGUCAAACUGUGAACAUAAAUUUGUACUGUACAGUCCUCAUACUAUAUUUAGGAGACAAUGCAUAUGUAUUAUACUUGUUAAUAAAACCCUCAGAAUAUUGGUUGUGGUCAUGUCAUCGUACACUGUACGACACAGAGCAAUGACAAAGGUACAGGGACCGGGGUGUGCCCAGGGAUCCCCCCUGGCCCCAGGCAGCCCCGGGGUUUCCCUUGUCAGAGAGGUGCUCCAGUCCCUUCAUCAUCUUUGGAGCCCUCCACCGGACUCUCUCCAGCAGCUCCCUGUCCUUGAACCGGGGAGCCCAGAACUGGACACAGUACUCCAGACGCA